GCGAUUACGACAUUUGCCAUGGAUAGCUGCUAUGUCUCAAUACGGGCCUCGGAUGCCGCCAUUUGGGACUCUGAGACUGCAGAUAAAGAACUCGAGAUCUUUCAUUACUUGAGGCACGGCAGAAUCUACCUCACUAAAUUAAGAACUCCGCCGGUUCAAAUUCUAGCAAGUCAACCUGUGCACGAACAGACCUUGUUUCCAGCGAAUCUCCAAUACAAUGGCCGUCCCACCCAAGUUCGCAGGCCAGAAGCUGCAGUUCGCCAAGCCGCAAACGCCGGAGAGCACUGGCGUGGCAGCAACAGCACACACACUAGAGAUUUAUCUCGACUACGUGUGCCCAUUCUCCGCAAAGCUCUUCAACACGCUCUACAACACCGUGGUUCCCAUUAUUCGGGAGAGCGGCGAGUGGUCGCGGGGUCUCGAGAUCGUCUUCCGCCAGCAGGUCCAGCCUUGGCACCCGAGCUCGACCUUGGUGCAUGAGGCUGCCGUCGCAGUCCUGCAGCUGCGACCGGAGAAGUUCUGGGAGUUUAGUGAUGCACUGUUCAAACAACAAAAGGACUACUUCGAUGUCAACGUCGUGAACGAGACACGCAACAACACGUAUAAGAGAUUGGCAAAGCUCGCAAGCAGUGUUGGCGUCGAUGAGAAACAGGUGUACGAGCGUCUAGAGGUCAGCGACAAGGCAUCGGACGAAGGUAGUUUGAACACUGGAAACAAGGUCACGAAUGAUUUCAAGGUGCUUAUCAAGAUAGCUAGACUGGUUGGUGUUCAUGUCAGUCCGACGGCCAUCUUUGAUGGCGUUGUCAACAACGAGAUCAGCUCUGGUUGGGGGAAGAAGGAAUGGUCCGAUUGGUUGGAGAAGAAUGUGGUGUAAGCCGUACUGUGUAGCUCCAUCCAGAGAGUAUCUGAGCGAAGAGCAAAGGUCUAUUAGAAGGCGUAGAGUCUUUGAGAGAGGACAGUCCUCGAAGCUGUGAAGUAAACGUCAUGAAUCAAUUUGAUCUUGGUAACCACGCAGCC